AUGCUCAUGCUAAGGCUACUGUUUAUCUGCUGCCAUCUUUUUCUACUUCCACAUCUUGUAAUUACCGCCAGCUGGACCUCAUCACAAUUUCCGGACCUACGAGGGGCUAGCGUUGACCAAUGCGUCCGGGCUAUGCCACAUGGCCAACUUCUAUACAUUUGCGAUCCGGAUAAUAUUUUGAAUACGAGUCAAGCUCUAGCGCUUAAUCGGCAGCUUCAUGAAUUGUCGAUUGGUACUACCUGUCAUUGUCAACGAAUAUCCCAAUGUAUCACAAGAAACGGAUUGCAAGAGGCCUCUCACGGGUUUGUCGUUUCAAUUGCUAUCGUAAGCAACCUUCAGAUGACAAUCCAUUCGCCAAGUGAAGCCCAGUUGACGGAGCGGGCUGAGAGUUUUACGAAGGCAUUGGAGGGUCGAUGGGCCCUUGGCGACUGUGGCAACUCGGUCAUCAUUUUUGUUUGGGAGCAUUACAAGAAGAUCGUAAUCUGGCCGGCCCGUUUAGCUGAAAAAUAUGUAAGCUAUGAUGAGAGGCGGCAUAUGUUGACUCGCGUGAACGACCUGGUCCAAGGCGACAAAUGGCACGAGGCACUUUCUCAGCUCAUUGCCGAAAUCGGAAAGGAGCUGCACGGGCAACCGGAACAGAAGCUAGACACCGGGACACUAGCCUUGAUUCUAUCGGUGGCUGUGGCCGUUUUGCUGACGAUGCUGAUUACCUGCUGUGUCUGCGCGUUUCGAUGCUGCGGUAACCUGAAAGGAGAUGAACGACCGAGGGGAGUGCUGGCUGCCGCACACAGGGUGGACAGUAUCCGAGCACUAGUGUUGCGCCGCGGUUCACAGCUACGGCGGUCAUUUUCAAAGAGCCCGAAGUUUCCGGUGAGCCGAGAUGGACCCGAUCGAUUCUUUGGUGACACUACAAUCGUC